GGAAACCUCUUUUCCUUCUUAUCCUCAUCUCCCUUGUUUUAAAAUCCGAAGCCUUCUUUUCUCUCCGUAAUCAUACAUCAUCCCUUCUAGAUGAUCGUGAUAAGGUUAUAAAGCCUUUGCUUUGCGCUCUCACACACACGCGCACGCUAAAAAGAAGAAGAAAAACCGGCUUCUUCACAAACUACACAAAAUUAAUCUGUGCUUGUCUCCAACAUUUCUUUGAUUUUUCUCUUGUUUUAUGUACUGUUUUAUUUUGAUGCUAAACACAUCUGUUUCUUGAUGUUUGAGAAUACAAAGUAUUCAUGACUCCUGUCCUCUGUGAAAUCCUCCUCUCUGGUUUUAUGAUACACUCUACUCGUAGACGCAGGAUCACUCACCUUGUUCAAUCUUUCUCUGUUGUUUUCCUCUACUGGUUCUACGUUUUCUCAUGAACUCCAUCACCCCUUCUGAAUCCCUAUAAACCAUCUUCCAUUAGCAUCUUAAUCAACUUGAAAAUAGUCAUCUUCUUGGUCCCGUGCUAGCUUUCUCUUUUAUCAAGCAUAGUCCGGGGUUAAUUACAUUUUUGUUGUUCUUCUUGUUAUUUUGUUAUUGUUACAACUAUUUUUAUUUGUUAAGGGAAAAAUAUAAUGGCCUCUUCUAGUGGGGCAUCUUCAGGGUCAACAGCCAUGUUGAGGAACUCAAGUUCUGAAGAGGGUCCGCAGCAGAUUAUGGACCCAAGGAAGCGUAAAAGGAUGCUAUCCAAUAGAGAAUCUGCAAGAAGAUCCAGAAUGAGGAAACAGAAACACCUGGAUGACCUCACGGGACAACUUCGUCAGCUCGCGAGAGAAAAUAAUGAGAUCCUGACAAGGAUGAAUGUUAUCUCUCAGCUUUACAUGAAUAUUGAAGCCGAGAACUCUAUCCUCAGAGCCCAAAUGGCUGAGCUUACCCACAGAUUGGACUCUCUCAAUGAAAUUAUUGAAUAUGCCAACUUUAGCGAUGGUCUUUUUGAACCCGAGGAUGCUGUUGCCUCUGUUUCUGCGACUAGUCAUCAGAUUGGUGAUGGUUUUUUCAUGAAUCCAUGGAAUAAUGCUAAUUCCCAUGUGAAUCAGCCCAUCAUGGACAUGGUUAUGUACUGAAAUUUUUUAUGUGGGAAUGUGGCUGUACUUGAUGCUGUUUAUGUUUUUAUCCCUUUUCUUUUCUUUUGAUGUUGUGUUUGUGCUGGCCAUGAUGAAUAGAAGAUGUAAAGGUUGUAGCAGGAUCUAAUUUUGAAAAGAUUGUAACUGGUCAUGGUGAAUUGAUUAAUGUAAUGAUCGGAGAGAUAACCUCUUAAUGGUU